UUCCAUUAAAUUAAUCUUCUCAAAAGCCGACGAUGACAAAUAAGCCUGCCACGAUUCUUCAUAAAGUUAUAAUCAAUGACAUUUCAGACAAUACUGGGGAAAACGUAAUUGGUUACAAAACUCAUCCUUCGAAUAAGUUAACACAAGCCGUUGAAAAUAGGGCCUAUAAAUAGUUCCAUUUGCAUAAUCAAAAUGCAUAAAAACCUCAAUAAACUUGAGAAUUUUCAAGAUCGUUAAAUGGACAUGAGUGGCAGCUGUGAGAUAGUGGUGGUCGAUUUCUGGGCUAAUGGGUUUGGUAUGAGGGUGAGGAUUGCUUUGGAAGAAAAGGGUAUUAUGUACAAGUACGAGGAAGAAAAUCUUGAGAAUCCUCAAAGAAGCCAGUUGGUUUUGGACAUGAACCCUGUUCGAAAAUCCGUACCUAUACUGAUUGACGAAGGAAAACCAGUUUGUGAUUCUCUAGCUAUACUUGAAUACAUCGAUGAAAGAUGGAAAGACGGGUUUCCUUCAUUACUUCCCGAGGAUCCUUAUGAGAGAGCCGUUGCAAGGUUCUGGGCUCAAUAUGUAGACAACAAGAUUUUCGACACACAAGCGAAGUUCUUGAAGAGCAAAGGUGAAACAAAAGAAGAUGUGAAGAAGGAAUUGAUUGGUCAACUGAAACUACUGGAUGAUGCCUUGGGUGAAAAACUGUAUUUUGGAGGUGACAAAUUUGGAUACUUGGAUGUGGCGUUUAUCCCCUUUUCAAGCAUGUUUAGUGGAUAUGAAAGUCAUGGAAGCUUCAAACUGGAGGAAGAGUGCCCAAAAUUAUCAGCUUGGGUUAAAAGAUGUUUGGCAAGAGAAGGUGUUUCCAGGGUUCUUCCUGAUUUUCAUCAGAUAUAUGAAAUACACAAGAAAUGGUAUGGUGUUGAAUAGAUCAAUGAA